AUGAAAUCGUUUGAAGAAAUUGGCGUCCCAGUAUGGUUAAGAGAAGCUUUACAUGCCAUGCGAAUCACAACGCCCACACCCAUUCAAGCUGCUACAAUUCCAGAGAUAUUGAAGGGUCGUGAUUGCAUAGGUGGUGCUAAAACUGGAUCUGGUAAAACUAUCGCAUUUGCCGCUCCAAUGUUAACUAAAUGGGCGGAGGACCCUUGUGGAAUAUUUGGAAUUGUGCUAACUCCUACUAGAGAAUUGGCAAUGCAGAUCGCCGAACAGUUCACUGCUCUUGGAGCAAAUAUUAAUUUAAGAGUUGAGUUAGUGAUAGGUGGAGAGUCUAUGAUUGAACAAUCAAAUCGAAUUAAAGAGAACCCUGAUUUUGUUAUAGCUACACCUGGACGGUUGGCACAUAUUAUGAUGGAGCAUCCAGAUGAUGUUAGAGGUCUCAAGCGAGUUAAAUAUCUUGUUUUAGAUGAGGCUGAUCGUCUUCUUACGGACACUUUUGGUGAGGACCUAGCUACUUGCAUGAAUUCUCUUCCAGAGCCAACGAAAAGGCAGACACUUUUGUUUACGGCCACUGUCACCGACUCUGUAAGAUCUUUAAAAGAUAAACAUGUCGAAGAUGGGAAACAACCUGUCUUCAUAUAUGAACUAGAUAAGAUGGAUGACGUUAUCAUUCCUGAAAAGUUAUAUUUAGGAUUCAUGCUAACCCCGUUCAUGGUCAAAGAGGCUAUGCUUCACGAUUUGCUAACAGGUGAAGACUACGCAGAUGCAUCUUGUAUUGUUUUCGUGAAUAGGUCUGAAACGGCCGAGACAUUAAGACGAAUUUUGUUCAAAUUGGAUAUUAAAGUUACAUCUUUACACUCCCAACUUCCACAACAAGAAAGAACAAACUCUUUACAGCGUUUUAGGGCUGGAGCUGCUAGGGUUCUUGUCACCACGGAUUUGGGAUCUAGAGGUCUUGAUAUACCUAUUGUUAAGUUAGUUAUUAAUUAUGACAUACCCAGGGAUCCUGAUGAUUUUAUUCACAGAGUUGGUAGAACUGCAAGGGCUGGUAGAAAAGGCGAUGCAAUAUCACUAGUGACUCCGAAUGAUAUUAAGAGAAUAAUGGCAAUUGAAAAGAGGAUAGACCGUAAAAUGGAAGAAUACAAGAAGAUCACAGAUAAUCAAUUAAUAAAAAAGUCUCUAAAAGCUGUUUCCAAGGCUAAAGUGGAGGCUAGAAUGGAUAUGGAACGCGAUGGAUUUAACACUAGGACAAAAUUGCGUAAAAGAAGAUUGGAACUGGAACGGGACUACGAGGAGGGUGCCAAAAAGCACGUUAAAAAGUCUGAUAAAAUACAUCGGGUGUGA